AUGUCCCUCCCCCAGAUCCCUUCCAUUGUAACUACAGAUCUCAGCUCCUCUCUCGACCUCCCCGACGACCAUCUCCACCCCUCCUCCUCUCAGUCCCCCCAUUCUCCUUCAGUCCUCCAUCCGUUUGCUCCUCAUACUCGACUCUCCGCGAACCCGGACUUGCUUUCUCCUACUCCCAUUCCCCGCCCUCCGGCACGCUCUUCGCUCGACGUUCCGUACUCACCCGCCCUAUCACCCUCCAUAGGUCUUCGUUCGCCCUCACCCUCACCCUCUUGUGCAGGCUCCAUCGGUGGCUCCUCCAGCCAUAGCCACGUUCCGCCCUCUCCUACUCUCUCUGCGCACUCGCAGCAUUCCGUGCACUUUGCCAGCACGCUUGCCCUCCGAGACAAUAAGCCAGAACAAAGAGACGGCAUCACGUCCCUCCAUUUAUUGAAGCCCUAUCCGCACACGCAUCGCCGCAAAGGUAGCGUAAGUAGCUCCAUUUCUGUCGAGGGCUCCACCGACGGUACAGAGCCCGAUUCACACAUCACCCAGUAUGGCAUGGCCACUCUCGGCGCGCCCUCACAGACCCCCCCAGACUGGCGUCUGCUCUCGCCCCCAUCUGCGUCGCCCACCCACCCACACUUCGAUACCGCCUCCUUCUCCGGCGUAUCCGCGUCUGAAUUUUCCGGCACGACCGUCCGGUCCCGUUCGGGCUCCGUGCACAGCCGUGCCAAGCUUAUUGACGACCCCACUCUCCCGCGCACCAGCAGAGACGGCGACGCAGGCGAUGCUCGGCGUGGCUCUCCCGACGGCACAAACGGCACCAGCACCGCCGUCGGCACGCCGCCAUCAGACGCGGACCAGCCGCGCCCCGCGCUCGACCUCUCUGCAGACGACGCGAUUGACGCGGGCCCAUUCGCGUUCAAGCCAUACCGCCUCGCGGGGCUCGUCGACCCCAAGUCCCUCGAUACGCUCGAGGCUAUGGGUGGUGUACGUGCGCUCCUCCGCGGGCUCGGUACGGACGCGAAACACGGGCUCUCCGCGCAUGCGCUCGCGCACGACCAGCUGUAUGCGCACGAGCGCGACCACGAUCGUGGAAAGGGAGACGAGGGUGGGGAGUCGCGCCCCGACACACCCGUGUCAAAGGCGCGGGACUCGCGCCCGGGAGCGGGCGGUCUGCAAGGGGCGGGCGAGGGUGCGAGCCAGCGCCACGACCGACCACAGCCUGAUCCUGGCGGAGGGAUGUCUGUGGCGGCUGUGCCGGGAAUCGUCGUCACCGGCCCCGGGGACGGCGAAAGUGGCGCGUCAAAGGCUGACUUGCACGACUUGGAACCGCCGGAUGAAGACGAGAUGCCGAGGGCGAUGGCGUUUGAGGAAGACGGUACAAGCGAAGCGUAUGCGGCGUCGCUAGAGGAGCGGCAGCGUGUAUACGGCGUAAAUGUCCUCCCCACGCGUAAGACAAAGAGCCUGCUGCAAUUAAUGUGGCUCGCACUCAAGGACAAAGUUUUGAUACUUUUGAGCAUUGCCGCGGUUGUGUCGCUCGCACUUGGAUUUUUCCAGGACUUUGGUACCCCACGGCCGCCUGGCGAGCCGCCGGUAGAUUGGGUCGAAGGCGUCGCGAUUAUAGUCGCGAUUCUCAUCGUCGUCCUCGUCGGGUCGAUCAACGAUUGGCAGAAGGAACGGCAGUUCCAGACUCUCAACGAGAAGAAGGAAGAGCGCGGGGUGAAGGUUAUCCGCGCCGGCGUCGAGCGCGUCGUUGAUGUACACGAAGUUGUCGUCGGCGACGUCGCGAUGCUCGAACCCGGCGAGAUUAUUCCAUGCGACGGCGUCUUCCUUGGUGGACACAACGUUCGGUGCGACGAGUCGGGCGCGACUGGCGAGAGUGAUGCAAUCCGUAAAAUCGAUUACGACGAGGCGUUGCAGUUGUCAGAGGCGCACGGUAAGGACACACACGGUGGUGCCCAUGGCCAUUCACACGCAGAUUGCUUUGUCAUAAGCGGCAGCAAGGUUUUGGAGGGUUAUGGCAGCUACGUCGUUAUUGCGGUUGGCCCACGCAGCUUUAAUGGGCGCAUCAUGAUGGCGCUUCGCGGCGACACGGAGAAUACGCCGCUGCAGCUGAAGCUGAAUGUCCUCGCGGAGCUCAUUGCGAAAGUGGGGAGUAUCGCGGGCCUGCUGCUGUUCACGGCGCUUAUGAUCCGGUUUUUCGUGCAACUGGGCACGAACGAGCCUGUGCGCACGGCGAACCAGAAGGGCAUCGCGUUUGUCCAGAUCCUGAUCAUCUCGGUCACGUUGAUUGUCGUGGCAGUUCCCGAAGGACUUCCGCUUGCAGUGACGCUCGCGCUAGCGUUCGCCACGAAGCGAAUGACGAAGGAGAAGCUCCUCGUGCGCGUGCUGGGGUCUUGUGAGACGAUGGCGAAUGCGAGCGUUGUGUGCACGGAUAAGACCGGCACAUUGACGCAGAAUAGCAUGACGGUCGUCGCUGGAGCCAUCGGCAUCCACUGCAAGUUCGUGCGCCUCUUCGAAGACAACAAGGCGCGCUCGAACGCGCAUGGAGAAGAUAUAGACUCGAGCAAGGACACGAACGCUGGCACUUCAGCUAUGAGUGAUCCACACCGGCCGAACCCGAACAGGCGACACACGGAAGACUUUGCGAUAGAUCAGCGCGAGCUGAACGACGUGCUGACGCCCCAGCUGUGCUCGCUGUUCAACGCGGCGAUUGCGAUCAACUCAACCGCGUUCGAGGACACGGACCCAGAGACGGGCGCGCUGGCAUUUGUGGGGAGCAAGACGGAGACGGCGCUGCUCAAGUUCGCGAAGGAGAACGCGUGGGCAGAUUACAAGCGCACGCGCGAGGCGGCGGACAUCGUGCAGAUGGUGCCGUUCUCGAGCGCGCGCAAGGCGAUGGGUGUCGUCGUGAAGAUGCCCGAGGGGCACUGGCGCCUGCACUUGAAGGGCGCGAGCGAGCUGCUGACGAAGCGCUGUACACGGCAUGUUGCGGUGAGCAGGGACGGGAAGGAGCCGGAGCUGCAGGGCGAGGAGGUGGAGACGAGGGCGAUCGACGACCUUGCGAGCGACAAUAUCUCGCGGACGACGAUAUUCUACGCGAACCAGAUGCUCCGAGCUAUUGCGCUGUGUUACAGGGAUUUUGACCACUGGCCGCCACCCGGGAUGCGGUUCACAGCGGAUGACGAGGUCGAGUACGAAGAUAUGGCGCAGGAUCUAACGCUGCUUGCCAUCGUCGGUAUCGAGGAUCCGCUACGCGAGGGUGUGCGGGAGGCUGUCGCAGACUGCCACAGAGCCGGGGUCACCGUGAAGAUGUGCACAGGCGACAACGUGCUGACCGCGCGUUCAAUCGCCACGCAGUGUGGUAUCUACACUGCGGGCGGUAUCAUCAUGGAGGGGCCGCAGUUCAGGAAGCUCAACCGCAAGGAGCUUUUGGACGCUGUUCCGCGGCUCCAGGUGCUUGCUCGAUCCUCACCUGAAGACAAGAAACUGCUUGUGGAGACGCUACGGGACCUCGGCGAGAUCGUUGGUGUCACUGGAGACGGAACGAACGACGGGCCUGCGCUCAAGACAGCCGAUGUCGGCUUCUCCAUGGGCGUCGCGGGCACAGAGGUUGCGAAGGAGGCGUCGGACAUUAUUCUGAUGGACGACAACUUUGCGUCGAUCGUGAAGGCUAUCAUGUGGGGCCGCUGCGUGAACGAUGCGGUGCGCAAGUUUCUGCAGUUCCAGAUAUCGACGAACGUCACUGCGGUGGUCGUCACCUUUGUCACUGCGGUUGCUUCCGCGUCAGAGUCGUCCGUCCUCUCUGCCGUGCAGCUGCUUUGGAUCAACAUUAUUAUGGACACGUUCGCUGCGCUCGCGCUCGCGACCGACCCGGCGUCGCCCGCGCUCCUGGAGCGCAAGCCCGACAAGAAGACGGCACCCCUUUUCUCCGUGGACAUGUACAAGCAGAUCAUCGGACAGUCGACGUAUCAGAUCUUCAUUGUGCUCAUCUUCCACUUCUUGGGGACCCAGAUCCUGAGCUUCGACUCGGCGGUGAACGGCGACGUGGUGCAGACGCUGGUCUUCAACAUUUUCGUCUUUGCACAGAUUGCCAAUUCGUUCAAUUGUCGCCGGCUUGAUAACAAGCUGAACAUUUUUGAGGGUAUGACCAGGAACUAUUAUUUCAUGGGAAUUACCUUUAUCGAAAUUGCCGUGCAAGUUCUCAUUGUCUUCGUUGGCGGUGCCGCGUUUCAGGUUACCCAUAUCGGUGGGCCCGAAUGGGGUAUCGGACUUGCGCUCGGCUUGGUUUCUAUUCCGCUUGGCGCACUCAUUCGCUGCAUUCCUAACGCACCUUGUGAACGGGCGCUGAUCGCGUUGCGCAUCCUGCCCAACCCUGCAGUCCUUCCCACGAUACGGCCGGACGACGAGUGGAACGCGGCGAUUGAGCUUGUCAGGGACAACCUCAGCACGUUUGCACAGGUCCGUGGCGGCCGUGUGCGCGCGUCGUCACCUUCUCUUAUGACUAUGGUUCCGACAAUAGUAGCUUCGUCGAUCGGUGCUGGGUUGACACCGCCGAUUCCUCAUGGCGGCCUUUCUCAUCCAACUCAUUUUGACCCCUCUAAGUCAUCGGCCGCGCUGUGGGCAGGCCAUAUACAAGUCCAUCCAGAUACAAAACCCGAUGAUCCAGCCCAGCGAUGGGGCGCGCGACACUCGGUCUAA